GGGUGGGUAGAGCCAUCUGUAAGGGCAAACCAGAAUGAGAGGGAAGAGGGGGAUGCUGCUAAAACCCCUGCCCACAGAAACUAUCAGAAAAACAACACCAAGAAAGCCUCCAAGCUUCCAACAGACCCUGGGUGGCAGAAAUAUUAAAACACAGCAUGACAGACCACACUGGUGGACAGCGAUUCCUGGCCGGGUCCCAGGUCAUCAGUCCCUGAUCAUGGGGACAUCUGUGGAUUGUCGUUUCGAGACACAAACUAUCCUGAAGAUAUCUCGGGUUGAAUGCUAGCUUCGUUUUUCCUACAGUCAACGUAGCCUAUGAAAGGUUCUAUUUAAGCUGUGAAGAGAAGAUGGAUAAAGGACACAAUAUGUUCAAAACUAUCUCAUUUGGGCCAGCAGCACCUAUAACGUUUUAUAAGCUUGUACUGUCCCUCACAGCGACUCGUAGCGAGCUGUGCUUCUGAAGCUAGCUCGGCUCUUGAUUGGCUGCUUGCCUCCCGUGCGCGGCGCCGGCGCGGAAGCUCCUAACCGGUGGUGGCGAUGUCUAGCCGGUCCAAGCGGCAGUCUCAUGGUUCUACCCGUGGGAAGCGCGAGUCCGAGUCUCGAGGUAGCUCGGGUCGCAUCAAGAAGGAGCGAGACCGCGAGAAGGAGCCCGAGGCGGCGAGCUCCCGGGGUAGUCCGGUCCGCGUGAAGCGGGAGGCCGAGCCGACUCCGCGAGAGGUCCCGGCGCCCGUGCUCCCGGUUGUGCGGGUGAAGCGUGAGCGUGAGGCCGACGAGGACUCGGAGCCCGAGCGGGAGGUGCGAGCAAAGAAUGGCCGAGUGGAUUCUGAAGACCGGAGGAGUCGUCACUGUCCAUACUUGGAUACUAUUAAUAGGAGUGUGCUGGACUUCGACUUUGAGAAACUCUGUUCCAUUUCUCUCUCGCACAUCAAUGCAUAUGCCUGCCUGGUGUGUGGCAAGUACUUUCAAGGCCGGGGUUUAAAGUCUCAUGCCUACAUCCACAGUGUCCAGUUCAGCCACCAUGUCUUCCUCAACCUCCACACUCUCAAGUUUUACUGCCUUCCUGACAACUAUGAGAUCAUCGAUUCCUCGCUGGAGGAUAUUACAUAUGUGUUGAAGCCUACUUUCACAAAGCAGCAAAUUGCAAACUUGGACAAGCAAGCCAAAUUGUCCCGGGCAUAUGAUGGUACCACUUACCUGCCAGGGAUUGUGGGACUGAACAACAUAAAAGCCAACGACUAUGCAAAUGCUGUGCUGCAGGCACUAUCUAACGUUCCUCCUCUUCGGAACUACUUCCUGGAGGAGGACAAUUAUAAGAACAUCAAGCGUCCUCCGGGGGAUAUCAUGUUCUUGUUGGUCCAGCGUUUUGGAGAGCUGAUGAGAAAGCUCUGGAACCCCCGAAACUUCAAGGCACAUGUUUCUCCUCAUGAGAUGCUUCAGGCCGUCGUACUUUGCAGCAAGAAGACUUUCCAAAUUACCAAACAAGGGGAUGGAGUUGACUUCCUGUCUUGGUUUCUGAAUGCUCUGCACUCAGCUCUGGGAGGCACCAAGAAGAAGAAAAAGACUAUUGUGAAUGAUGUUUUCCAGGGAUCAAUGAGAAUUUUCACCAAAAAGCUUCCUCAUCCUGAUCUGCCAGCGGAAGAGAAAGAGCAGCUGCUCCAUAAUGAGGAGUACCAAGAGACAAUGGUGGAGUCCACGUUCAUGUACCUGACGCUCGACCUUCCCACUGCUCCACUCUAUAAGGACGAGAAGGAGCAGCUCAUUAUCCCGCAAGUGCCACUCUUCAACAUCCUGGCCAAGUUCAACGGCAUCACGGAGAAGGAAUACAAGACUUAUAAGGAGAACUUCCUGAAGCGCUUCCAGCUCACCAAGCUGCCUCCAUAUCUAAUCUUUUGCAUCAAGAGAUUUACAAAGAACAACUUCUUCGUGGAGAAGAAUCCAACAAUUGUCAAUUUCCCUAUCACAAAUGUGGAUCUGAGAGAAUACUUAUCUGAAGAAGUCCAAGCAGUCCACAAGAACACCACCUAUGACCUCAUCGCCAACAUUGUGCAUGAUGGCAAGCCUUCUGAGGGCUCCUACAGGAUCCAUGUGCUUCAUCAUGGGACAGGCAAGUGGUAUGAACUACAAGACCUCCAGGUGACGGACAUUCUGCCCCAGAUGAUCACCCUGUCUGAGGCGUACAUUCAGAUUUGGAAGAGGCGGGAUAAUGAUGAAACCAACCAGCAGGGGGCUUGAAUGCCUUUUCUGGGGUUUGCUCCCAGGGGCUAUGGCUGAAGACGAUAAAUAAAAAUACUGAAGCUGUAGCUGAACAGGACUGAAGAGUCCUGCCCUAGCCCAGUUUUUAUGGAUUCUGGCUGCAUCACCAUGAAGGAGCCUGUCUGCCCUGGUGUCCUGUGCUGUCUCUGCUGCUCUCUGCAGCACAUGCCUUCCCUUUCAGCAUCAGCAGGCAGAACUCUUACAGAUGGAUGCCUUAUUUGAAUUGCUGCAAGUAUCAAAGAACAGAAAGUUCCGUGGAAACAUCAAGUCUUGAGAUUCUAGGAGUAAACAUGGAGUCAGCAGCACCCUUAUGCCAUAGGUAGAUGGUUUUCCUGUAGUUCCCUCCAUCUCCUCGUGGGACCUUUGGGAUGGAUUAAAUGUCCUCCUGUUUUUAAA